AUGAACUCGGCUGCAGGCAACCCAGAGCAGAAGAAGGCCACCUUAUCGCAUUAUCAACGAGCACUGGUAACGAGUCCCCUGGUAAAAAUAGAAAAGGCUACGACACCUACGCCGUCGUCCAGGCAAUAUUGCCGUAGAUUUAAUGAUUGUUUCUGUAUGGGGUCGGCUGCCGCUACGAGCCCACAGCUGCAGCAGCAAGAAAGAAAGCAACAACGUUUGCAGCUGUCGACCUCCAAAUUAGAGCAGCAGGUGACAGACCUUGAAAAGGAAGUCCAGAAACAGAAAGAAAUUCUGACCAUGUACAAAAUGAGAACGGAGAGAACACAAGAUAAUUUAAGGUACUGUCUUCAAAUAGCUCAGGAGAAUGGAUUCUUGGACCUUAUAACUAACAACAAAUCUCCCAUUUCUCCCGAUGUUGUCAAUGUUGGUGCCAGUCCUCAAGUGCCUGCCUCAGUUUCUCAGCAAUCGGAUCUAGGCAAAAUCAUCAGCCAAGCCAAGAUGAAUGGAUGGUACAUUGACCCUGUCGAGAUUGAAUUGCAAGAACUGAUAGGCCAAGGAAGCACUGCAGACAUUUACAGAGGAAUUUGGAGAGGCGUUGAUGUUGCGGUGAAGUGUAUAUACCCCGAUUUCUUCCACAAAAAUGAGAAAGGUGUUACAUUUUUUGCUCAAGAAGUUGAAACAUUAUCUAGGCAGAGACAUCGCUUUAUACUCCAGCUAAUGGGUGCAUGCCUCAACCCACCUACGCAAGGGUGGGUGGUGACUGAGUUCUUGAGCAUGACACUCAAGGAUUGGUUACAUGGGCCUGGAAAUAACAGGGGAAAAGAGAGGGUGACACCACUUCCACCAUUUGAAGAGAGAUUGACUAGAGCGGUGGAGAUUGCACAAGCAAUGCAAUAUCUCCAUGAGCAAAAACCAAAAGUUGUUCAUCGUGAUUUGAAGCCUAGCAACAUUUUCCUGGACGAUGCCAAGCAUGUCAGAGUGGCAGAUUUUGGUCAUGCUCGGUUUUUAGGUGAUGAAGAGAUGGCACUUACUGGCGAAACAGGCAAGGAUUUCUUUUCCUUUCCCUCCCAACUGAGAACUUAUGUUUACAUGGCCCCAGAGGUUAUCAGAUAUGAGCCUUAUAAUGAAAAGUGCGAUGUCUACAGCUUUGGAAUCAUUCUCAAUGAACUAAUCACCGGCAAUUAUCCCUAUGUUGAGACGAAUUAUGGACCAGCCAAGAUUGCUAUGGAGGUUGCAGAAGGAAAGCUAAGGCCAGCGCUUCCAGAAGACAAUGGCGAAUUAGGGAAGCUGAUUGACCUUAUUUGCCAGUCAUGGGAUGGUGAUGCUUCUGUUAGACCAAGCUUUGCAAAUAUCACAUCUACUCUGCAAACGAUCCAAAACAGAAUCAAAGAAAACUGCUGA